AACGUGGAGACGGUUGAAACUGUUUUGGAGCGCGUUGUCCAAUUAGAGAAGACGUUGCUGCGUCUUAACCAAUGAGAGAAGCGAUUGUUUGCUGGCCGCGUGCGGAAGCUGUCAGAAGGUUUUUAAAAAAAAGAUUGUUGUGGCAAAUGCAUGGUCAGAGCCUUGAAUCGCUCAUUCAGGAGAUGUGAAGGUGAGAGGAGGGACGUGGCCUGUGCAUGAAGUAGGAAGACCCUGCAGCUCAAGAGUACCUGUGCACAGCAGUGGUGAGAACCAGCAGCUUCCUGAAUGACAUUCUAAGUUCUGAGUUAAACUCACAGGUGGAGAUGUUCCGCAGUGUGCUGGGGAAGACUUUGGGGUUCGUGGGCUACACCGUCCAGUAUGGCUGCAUCGCACAUUGCGCCUUUGAAUACAUUGGAGAAUUUGUGGUGUGUUCGGGUCCGUCCAUGGAGCCGACCAUCGUCAACCGUGACAUUGUCUUCUCUGAGCGGAUGAGUCGUCAGCUUUUCAAAAUACAAAAGGGUGAUAUAAUAAUUGCAAAGAGUCCAUUUGACCCAAACAUGAACAUUUGUAAAAGGGUUAUUGGGCUGGAAGGUGACAAGAUCUGCACGAGUUCCGCAUCCGCUCUGUUCAAGGCCCACACGUAUGUUCCAAAAGGCCACGUAUGGCUAGAAGGGGAUAACCUUAGGAAUUCCACCGACUCGAGGAGCUAUGGCCCAAUUCCCUAUGCCCUCAUCCGAGGGCGCGUUUGUUUAAAGCUCUGGCCACCGAAUAGUUUUGGGACCCUCAGUGAAAGCCCAACCCGAAAGAUCAUCAAGACUCAAAGUGACUCAGACUGACUUUGUUUGUAUGUUACUUGUUUUCAUCCUUUUUGAAUAAAGCUGAUAUUUAUUAAAUUUUUUAUUUUAAAACAAUUUUUUUCAUCAAACUGAUGUAAUCUGGCCACGCAAACAUACAUGCUUCAGUUAUUCAUUUAUUUUACUGUUUCAAGACAAGAUAAGACUAGAUUCAGUCAUCUGGGAGAAGCUGGCCGUAGCUGUGCAGCACUAUAACAAAAGCGUGUGAAGCUUUGUCUCUGUGGAACAGCUAACGAAAGAGAGCGGCCAUGCUAAAACACAAGGUUCAUGUUGGGAAUCACCUUCAUUCAGUAAUAAGACACAAAUAAAUAUUUUAAAUCACCACAUUAGAGACCAAAUCAUACCUAACAUUCACUGGAAUGGUUACCUGUGGCUGAAUUUAACUGCCAAGUUAACUUUACAAUGAAAUUCACCAAAACCACAUAUAGAGGAAAGAUGAGCAAAUGUUUCAUUCUCUUAAAAAAAUAAUUCAUGUUUAUAGCUUUCUUAGUAUUAUGGUAAAACAAAAGCUUUCUUAUUGUUUAAUAUUUAAUUAAGCUGCCAGAGCAAUUUAAAAAAUGUUAACAUUUUCCAUUUAACCAUACAAUAUUAAUACGCACUUAGUAAGGGCCUCACUCACCACCACUUGGAACUGUGUGUGUGUGUGUGUCUCACCUCCAGUAUGUUACAUGCACUUAAAACACAGCAUUAUUGUCAGAUUUCUGUACUAACCACACAUCAUAUAUUGACAGGAAUUAUCUUAUCAGCAUAAAGAACCUAUAGAAACUUUAUAGUAACCAGACUUGUAUGUCUAUAUGCUUAAACCUGUUACCCAGGGCAUGUGCGUGUGUGUAUGUAAUUAAAUCAAAAAUGGAAUAAGCUGGUUAAAGUAAAGUACGCCCUGACAGCAAGUUAUGUUCUAUAACACAAGCACAAAGUGGAAAAACUAUAUAUUUUACCAGCUUCCCUCACAAUAACAGCCCUACACUGCUGCCCACUUCCAAGGCCCGCUCACCCCGCUCUGACCUUCCUGGACACACAGACAUAACAGCACAUCCGUACACUGAGCUGUGGAAGCUCAGCUGGUCAUUCUCCGAGGCAGAAAGGGACUCUUCUCCUUUGAGCUCCCGAGGGGAAGUGAGUUCCAGGCAGCCGUGGGUCCCUGUCCAGCUGCUUCCCUCUGUCUGGAGGGGGCCACAGGGUCAGACACAAGGCUCCCUGUGACACUGAAUUAUCUGCCCGAGUGUGAUUGUGCCUGCUGGGAGGGAUGCUUAAGAUUGUGGGAGCGUCUGCGUGUGUGCAUAUGACAAAUAUUUAUGCAGAGUUUUGCUUCGAGCGCAUCUUUGUUUCUCAAGGUUUAAUAUUCAUCUGCUGCACGUCAACAUGGUGCCAGUGUUCAGCUGAAAUGCUGACACGAGUAAACUGAGCGUGCUCCUUAAGAUACCGCUCCAUAGAGGGAGCUCUGACUGUUUACUAAUGUAACUCAGGGCCCUACUGGAUGACAAGCUGUUUAUCAUAUAAAGUCAUGUUAAUAAUAAUCAUUUUAAGAAGAUUCACACCAGCUAAUUAACAAGUAUCUGCCGUAUUUUUUGGAGAGGCCCGAGAGAGAGGCCAGUGUCACAGUUACGCCCAACCAGACUCUGUUUGAGCCGCAUAUCAUUGCUUUUGCUGUCAUCCUUUUUGAGUCGCGUUAGAAGACCAGAGCUUCAAAGAGAUGACCGGGCAGAGGUGUAUAUCAUUAUCAUGCUGAGUGGGCACAAAGCUGGGAUUGAGACAGCAGGAGAAAGGGAUCGGAAGAAACGGACAACAGACAGCUGUGCUGAGCUAUGCAGCACUGCAGGGUCAGGCUGUGGGCUGUCAGCAGGGCUGAGGUGUGUCUGCUGUCUCCGCAACACAACCGGGGACGGAGCACACGUGUCGUCAGGACGUGGGCACAGUAUUUGUCCGUGCAUCGGGAAUACAAUGCUCAAGAUGAUAUGUUUCAUGGGGAUGAUAAUUGAAAAUUUGCGUCAGUGUCAGUUUUCUGCGUGAUUUAAUGUGACCUUAUUUGAGUAUUUUCAUCAGGUAUGUUAACAGAUGGCUGUUCAAAAGAGAAGCAAAUUAUUCACAUUUUUUAGAGAUGUAGUAUUUAAAGUCCUUUAACACUGUUGGACCCAUGAUGAUGAAAAUAGAUGCAGUUCAUGCAGUUGUCAUCCUUUUUUCAUUUCACAAAUUCUUCAUUGUUAAAACCUGGUGCAUGCAUUACCCACAAUGCACCUCAGCCAGCCAGACAAUCAGAUGUAGUAGCUGCUAUGUAAAAUCAAAGCCUUGCCUUAAACAUGAGUGAGCGCGCCUGAUACAUCUGGUCAACUCACUUAUCCACUGAUGCUGAAUCCAGUGACAUCACUUGUGCAUCUCCCUCUGCAGCACAAAACUCUAAAAACGUCCACCUUUUUUCCUUUUCCUUUAACAAAUGCAGAGUAGAAUUCCAGAGUAGAACUCACACGAAUAUAAACUUACUUUCAUGUGUAAAAGUAGUGGAAUUCCCAAUUAUUUAGAUAAUCCAGGGGGCCUGAGCCUGUAACCGAACUGAAAUGGACGGAGCCCUUCUAUUUAAACUUGCGCCGCUUCUCGAGCCUUUACGGCAUCCGCUCGGCGGUGCAGGAAGCACGUUGACCAAUUACAUGCUUUGUAAAUCAUAUCACAUGAGGCUUUUCAGCCAAUCAAAUGUGUGUAUUCUGAUAAACGUCGCGGCACGACUGAUAUACAACAGACCGGAGAGAAGGACUGAAGACCAAAACGAGCUUUUUACCCAGAAUUAACUGAUUGUCACCUUUAUUAACUUAAUUUCAAACUGAAUUCAGAAUUCAGUUAAAUAUUUUUUUAUAAAAUUAAGUACUUUAUGUUAAGAUAAACAUGUACUGUUCUUUUUUCAAUUAUAUUGUAAAGUAAUGAGGUAUAUUUGAUUAUUAUUAAAUUCUUUCAGAUAAAAAGUGAUGAUAACUAUUUAUUGGAUAUUAUUCAAUUGAACUUUCUUUAUUUAAUUUGAAAGUCAGUUGUCAACUACAUAAUAUGUUCAUACAAAGCUACUCCCUGAACUAAAUAUCUAUAUAUUAAUUAAUGGUUAAACACGCCUGAUAUAACAGAAACCCAUUACAUAAAAUGUACCGUUGAGUUUCCAGAUUUUUACUUCAGAUUAAGGUCAAUAAACAAUCCUUUACGUUUAUUGUCUUGUGCUUGUCUUCCUCAAUUACCAGAUUUGAAUGAAAACAUCAAAUAUUCUCUGGGCAAUUUGGAUAUGCAAUGAAUAUUUGAGUAGUUUUAAAAUCAAGAUAGGUCCUUCAUUUUCAUACCAUUAAACAUACUUUCCUCUAGAACUAACAUUUUGACCAGUGAUUUGCUUUAGGAGGAUACUGAUUAUUAUUGGUGUCAUUCUUAUUAUUUAACGUAGGACAGGUGCCGUCAUACUUGUUGUUGAUACUGCAUUUACCAAAACUGUUGCAGAAACAGAAUAAAGUAGUUAGGCAAGAAUAGCAUACGAAAUGACUGGAGGGGGCAGAAGGGAUAUGAGGGAACUGGAGUGGAGAAUAGUUGAAUACAGGGGAAACACAGGCAGUGUCUUUUUUAUCUUAAUUCCUUUAGUUCAUUUGAGGUUAAUUGAAUCCUUUAAAAGCGCAGAGACACGUGAAAGAGGAGAGCGGGAGGUAUGGGUAAAGAGAGUAAAGAGAACUGCCCUUCACUGGUAAUGGCCUGGUUUGUUUGUUUUCAUAUCCAUGGUAGAGAACGUGACCCAAAAGUAAACUCGGGUCAGACGCUUUCUCAGACAGCCCAAUGUCUAUUUUGGUGCUGUCUGCAAACACAAAUAUAUCGGUCCCAAAGACACCACCGGCUGGAGGUCACCAAUGAAAACCUAUGUAAGCCGUUAUCGCACAAAACUUUUGCUAGUCAGUACGGUCUGAGCCGUAUCAGUCACACUUAGGCGUGAAUUCUAUCACGCUUCAGUUCUCCUCUUCUCUCUCUGCAUGCUUUCGCUCUGUUGAUGCUUUCCGUUUUCUCUCUUUUCCUUCACCCGUCCUCUUCUCCCAUCCACUUUUGCUGCUCUGAGCCGAUAAGGGAAUUGCUUCUUUCAUCGACGGAUCCUUUAAUUCUAUACUUUUAAUCAAGCCUGUUAGUACUUCUUAAUUAAGACAUCACAGUAGUGUUUGAUCACGCUCUUCUGUGUGUAUGUGUGUGUGUGUGUGUGUGAGAGAGAGAGAGGGCAUGAAAAAGAGUGCAGAAACUCUACCAGCCCCUACUCUGUGUGUGUGAAGAUGACUGAACAGCUUCAAGUGGGGUAGCUACGCCUCCUCCAACGGUUGUCUGCCAGGCCUUGAGGCUUGCGGUGUGUAGAUAUCCCAAGCCAUCAAGCAUCAACCUCCAGAGAUCCAUACUAGACAGAUGGUAUUGGAGACUUGGUGGGAUAUCGAGCUCCCUACUGUCAGUUUGUUGCGAUGAUAAGACACAACAGGCUGUCAAUACUUACAGUCCACUAAUCAAAGACGCUGGAUCAAAAUCCCACCCAGCACAAAGACUGUUUAGAAGGCAAAACUUAACUUUUUCUGGAUUUCAUUAGAGUGAGACUACACAUUUACAAACACACAAACAGUAACACUUUUGCUUGUUGUGACAUAUGUUCUGGCCUUGAGGUUUUCCUCCCUAAAGGCCGUUGACACUAUUAGUGAUUCUUCUCUUUAAUGGUGCGCGUAGGUGGGAAUAUGUGUACGUACAGGGUGGGGGUGGGCCUCUGCUGUACGGUUCUUAAUGGAAUGGACCUCUAUCCUCAGGCACGGAGUGAUGCACGCAAGUGGAGGGCAGGGAAGGGGGAUGACAGAAGCCUUAGUCUGACAUGCCUGACCUAUAUCCCUCUUUGCUUAGCAGAGAGAGGGAAAGAGUAAUUGGCAGAUACAGCUUCGCUGUUAGGGGCGCUCUCUCUCGCUGGAUGGUGUUUUCUGUGUUCGAUACGGCCGUUGACGAGGGUGAGGAUCCGCGCUCGGCGCUUCGGUCUCUUGUUUGUCAUCGGCGUAAAAUAGCAGGACAAGCCUUGCCUCGACACAGCUAAUUGUCUGCGUCGUUAGCAUGAUCAUACGUCCAGUGGCUUCAAUACUGAAACAAACUCAAAUGUGUGUCUGUCAGUCAAUUAGUCAGUCAGUGUGUGUGUGUUUGUGUGCAUGCGCUGUCUGGCGCUGGCAGGGAAGAUUUGGCGAAUUUUACAUGGGUGGGACUCACACACUCAUCACUCACACAUCCAUGCGCCUUACAAAUGAAAAUAAACAGGCUUUCCAACGGGAUGACAAUCAUUGCCAAGAAGCAUUGUUAUAAGAAAGAAAAAAAACACAAACACACUUUCUCUGCUAAGUUUAUAUUAUUGUAUUACUUAGUAUGUUAAAUUGUUAGUAAGAAGUUUUACUCCAAUGGGACUUUAGUUAACGAUCUGAGAACAUCUUCCACCAAUGGUUAUUGGUUGGGAUGAUGCUGAGUUGUUGAUUAUAUAUUCUUAGUUUAGAGUUUUUCUUAAUCUUUAGAAUGUCUGUGUCCGUAUAUGUGUGUGUGUUUUUGUGAGUGUGUGGUCCCCCUGGCAUGUCCUGGAUGCUUUAGCAGGAUACACAGCUCUUUCUGCCUGGUUAACUGAUGGGGGCUGUUUGGCUUCCAGACGAUUUAGCAAAGGAAGCUCUGCACAACAAACAUAAACAGACACGUACUGAUACAGGCAAUAACAGAGAAUGCAUACACCCAAAAAACCUCACACACAGACAGAAACACAUGUAUAUUUGCAAACAAAUGACAUAUUGAUUAUCAUGCGAAAGGGCAUGGGUGAGCAUGUACCACACGGACGACACUUUUGCAGAGAGUGCCUUAUUUCAGCUCUCCCACUCUAGCAGUCCAUUUGCCCCUAAGGUAGAGGAGGGAAGGGCCAACGGAUGGGAGAAGAGAAAGAAAGAACACCCCCCCCCCCCGCCCCCCCAUAGGUCAGGAUGAGAAAGGACUUAGAUCCUUAGAGCGGGACGUGGGCCUGAGUGGGGAUGAAGAGCUGGCAUGGGGAAGCAGAGGGUUGCGUGCGUGUGUGUUUGUGUUCCUCUUCAAGUCACUGUAGUUCAAAAACUGAACCACGUCCAAGCCCUGGUAAUGAUGCAGCCGGCUACAACAGACUACAAUAACCGACAGUCUAAGGCCGGCCAAUUACUGUCCGCCGCAAUUAUAUUUCCAAUUCAGAGGUAACGGGAGAAAGUGGCCCAACUCAAAUAAUCAUUUCGAGCAAUUACUUUUCAAACUAAUUAGAAUGUCAGGUUUGGCUGCGCGGGCCUGAGCUCGGGGGGAGGCUCUGUUUGUGUUUUUGUUGCUGUUUUCACUUUGUCAAAUGGAUGGACUUGAAAGGAGGGAGCAGGAGGAAGGGGCAAUAUCAGCAACAGUGCAAGCCAAACAUCAACCACAGCCAUGGAUUGAGAGACUUGGUCAUUGUGGGAGUUUGGUGAGUUCGUGGAAAUCCAUUGUGCUCAGGAGAAUGCUGUGUCCAUUCUGUUGUAUUUUGCUAGACUGGAAAGAGGAGUUCUUGGGGAUGUCAGCUGAAACGCUGAGAGAGAAACAGAGAGCGAUGUGAAGGAGACUUUUUGUAUUAAAACACCACCCAAAAGUGUUUUUACCACUUUAAAUGUAUUCAAGAAAAGUUGGUUGAAACGUUAUCAUGCCAAUAUCAUGAAUAAGUAGAACUGUGUGUGCUUUAACCCCCAUAUUUAUUAUUUUUCACUUUUCACUUGCCUUUUUUAUCAUGAAGAUGUGAUCAAAUUGUGUUACAAAUAUAUAAUGUAAAUGUGAAAAAGUGGAGCACAUUUAUUGCUUUAAGCUUCAGUUGGUCUGAUUGUACUUCAUAAUGUUGUAAUUAUGAUUAAUUCUGAGAAAUACAUAAAUAUAUUUGAAAAUA